GCUUCAACUCUUCAUUCACAAUAAACUAUCACCAAACUUCUUACAUUUUGUCUGUUAUUCAGCCAUGAACAUCAAAAACACACAAAGAUCCAUCCUUUCUACUCUUCUAUUUCUUUUCAUUGCCCAAAUUCCUUACUGUUAUGGUGUUAACACCCUUACUACAAAUGGGUAUCUUACAGGGAACCAAACAAUACACUCAACCAAUGGAAAGUUUGAACUUGGGUUCUUCAAACCAGGUAAAACACCCAAGUAUUAUAUAGGAAUAUGGUAUAAAAACAUACCUGGGCAAGUUGUAAUUUGGGUUGCUAAUAGAGAUAACCCGGUUUUUGACUUAUAUGCAUCAAAACUUACCAUAUCAAAUGAUGGUAAUUUAGUCCUUAUAAACAAUGCUUCAAAAUCUCCAAUAUGGUCUACAAAUUUGAGGUUUGAGACCUCUAAAACUGUCCAUAUUGUCCUCCAAGAUGAUGGGAACCUUGUUUUGCGCGAAGAAUCAAACUCAGGUUUUGUCCUUUGGCAGAGUUUUGAUCAUCCAACGGAUACAUUUAUGCCUGGAAGUAAGUUUGGAAUCGACAAAGUAACAAAGUCGAGCAUAAGUUUUAGUUCUUGGAAGAACUCGGAGGAUCCUGGAACCGGUGUUUAUAGUUUUGAACGCGAUCCUAAUGCUAGUCGGUUGAUUAUGUUGUGGAACAAAACACUAGAGUAUUGGACUAGUGGUCCUUGGAUUCCAAACCAACAAAUUUUCAGUGAAAUUCCCGAGUUUAGGUUUCUUCCAAAAGUAAUUAGUGUCACCUAUGUUGAUAAUGAACGCGAGAGUUAUCUCACUUAUUCUGUUCACGACCCAUCGAUUAUAACGAGGUUUGUGAUGGAUGCGUCUGGACAAUUUAAGGAUGUAACAUGGCAGGAAAGUACACAAAAAUGGGUUUUGUUUUGGACAGAACCAGGACAACAGUGUCAAGUUUAUUCUUAUUGUGGCGCGUUUGGUGUUUGUAACCAAUCAGCAAUGCCGUAUUGUCAUUGUUUGCAAGGAUUCGAGCCAACGAAGGAAGUAGAGUGGAAUGUGAGUGAUUACUCUCGAGGGUGUGCUAGAACGACAAAGUUAUCGUGUCAAGAAGGUAAAAACCGAGACAAGUUUUUGGUUAGUCGGAGUAUAGUAUUGCCCGAACAUCCUGUUUUUGUCCAAGCUUCCUCGGUAAGGGAAUGCGAAGACGCUUGUUUUGGGAAUUGUUCUUGUACAGCUUAUGCAUUUGAUGAAAAUGGGUGUUUUAUUUGGUUUACGGAACUCUUGAAUAUACGACAACUUUCCGAUAAUAGUGGGAAAACUCUUUAUGUUAGAGUGGCUAAAACUGAUGCACAAACACCAGGGAACAGGAUAUUAGUCACUGGUAUAUCAGUAGGAAUAGCUAUGUUGUUGGUUGUUCUGGUUGGACUGAUUUUUGUAGUGUAUUUUAGACGGAAAAGGCGGUUUUUGAAAGCGACAAAAACGAUGGAACAAUCGUUGACACGAUUCGAGUACAAAGAUUUGCAAAUCGCCACAAAAAAUUUCUCACAAAAGCUCGGAGAAGGGGGGUUCGGAUCAGUUUUCAAAGGCACACUGUCAGAUUCCAUGGUGAUAGCUGUAAAGAAGCUGCACAAUAUGAACCAGAGUCAAGGGGAGAAACAAUUCCGAGCAGAAGUAAGCGCGAUAGGAACAAUUCAGCAUGUGAAUCUUGUUCGUCUUAGAGGGUUUUGUUCGGAAGGGUCUAAACGAGUGUUGGUUUAUGAGUACAUGCCGAAAGGAUCAUUAAACAAUCAUUUGUUCAAACCCGAAAACAUAAAUAUAUUAAGUUGGAGGGUAAGGUAUGAUAUAGCAAUAGGAACAGCAAAAGGGUUAGUUUAUUUACAUGAAAAAUGCAGGGAUUGUAUCAUACAUUGUGACAUAAAGCCAGAAAAUAUACUUUUGGAUAUAGAUUAUAGUCCGAAAGUAGCAGAUUUCGGGUUAGCAAAGCUGGUAGGACGAGAAUUUAGUCGAGUUUUAACGACAAUUAGAGGUACAAGAGGGUACCUAGCACCCGAAUGGAUAUCAGGGGAAGCAAUCACAUCAAAAGCUGAUGUAUUUAGUUAUGGGAUGAUGCUUUUUGAGCUCGUUUCAGGGAGACGAAACAUUCAGGAAGGAACCCAAGGGAGAUUACACUUUUUUCCGACAUGGGCAAUGAGUAAAAUUAGUGCAGGAGAAGAUGUUAUAGAGAUUGUCGACCCGAAAUUGGAAGGAAAUGUUGAACAAGAUGAAGUCAUAAGGAUGUGCAAACUUGCUUGUUGGUGCAUACAAGAUGAAGAGAAUCAAAGACCAUCAAUGGGGCAAGUUGUUCAAGUUUUAGAGGGGCUUUUGGAUGUUAAUAUGCCUUUAAUUCCAAGGUCUCUUCUCAUAUUUGGGUGUGAUGCUCAAAGUCCUGUGUUUUUCAGCCAAGGUUUAUCAACUCAAGAAAGUUCAACCACUUUUGAAAGUGCUACCUCACAAGUUUAGCUUAGACCGGACGUAUUGUGAAUGUCAGCUUAUAAUCAAAUCGGGUAAACACAGGUGCACACACUUCAUAAGUCAAGAAAAUACCAUCCCAAAACCGUAUGGGUACCAGGGUAUGGAAGUAAAGGCUUCAAUGAUUUAUAAAGUGUGCACAUCAUCUUUAAUCCAUCAAUGUAGGACAAACUAUCCCAAUAAUUUUAUGUUCUAUACUUAAGUGUUUGCUUGUGCGAGAAUAUUGAGUUGAUUACUAUGAUUAUGUGUACGUGUUUACUUAUAAAGUGUAUGCAAGUGUUUCUUAAAACAAGUGUAUGAUUUCUACAAAUUGUUAAUAGAAUGUUGAUAUGUAAGAUAUUAAGACCUUAAUUUCUAAUGAAGUACUAUAUCUAUAGAAAGUAAGGGGUAUGUUUGGUAA